AUGGAAGUCAACUUCGUCGGAAACCUUUAUAAACAGGGCCCGGCCAGCGAGCUCACCUACGCUCUGAGAGCGCAGUACGAGGACAAUAUGCCAGGGAAGCAACAGUACUAUUGCGCUGGAAACUCAAUGCCCGGCGUUUUCGACCAGGAUUCUGAGCAGUACCCGUCCGGGGAUGGCACCUCAAAGAACCCCAAGAUUGCCUGCUUCGCCGACGUCAGCAUCGACCCAGCUCCUGAAUACCAGAAGUUCUUCGACGAGCCGUGA